CACACACUCUCUCUCACACACACACACACACACACACACACACUCUCUCUCUCUCUCUCUCCCUCCCAUACACGCGCGCGCACACCCACUCUGUGUGCAGUAGAGACACUCAGCGCGCGCAGACCAGACGAGGCGAUUUAGACUUUAUCCGGAUUAUAACCUUCAUCAUCAUCAUCAUCAUUAAUUACCUCUCUGAUUACAAACAACAACAACAACUCCACACGCGGUCAAUCUUCACGGGACGGGAUGGAAAAUGAGCGCGAGCUCUCUAGACCUGAAGGUGUAGCCUAUUGAAGGCAAAACUGUGAAAACUGCGAUGCCCGAAGAUACUCUGAAAGAAACCAUGACAGUCCCCGAGUGCCCUUCUCUCACCGUUAAAGCCAACAACAACAACAACAAAAAUGAUCUGCCGCCUUUGGUGUCCAUCCCUUUGGUGAACGACGGCCCUCUGACGGCAGCAACAGGUGGCACGGAGCUCUCAUGCUUCCGCUGUACGCUCCCCUUUGGUGUGGUGGUGCUGAUCGCUGGCAUCGUGGUCACAGCCGUCGCUUAUAGUCUUAACUCUCACGGCUCCACCAUCUCCCACUUUGGCCUGGCAUUGCUGUCAGCCGGCGUCGUUCUGCUCGGACUCAGCGGCGCCUGCUGGAAGCUCCGCAGUGAGAAAAAGAAGGAGGAGCGGAGACGGGAGAGCCAGGCCGCACUAGUCACCAACCACAGGGUCGUCUAAUGACUGAUGGAUCUUUAGGACAUCUUGGGAUUUUCAGAAAUGUGACUGUUGGGCAGGAAAAAACAUCUCUAGAAAAAACACAGAAACAUCUUCAUUCACCUCUUUGGACUUCUUGCUUCACUUGCAAGAUCUUCCCAAAAAAAAUACAAACUCUUCGGAUGUUGGAUUUUCACUCAUCGUCUUUGCUUCAUGUCUUCAGAUUAUUCCAGGUGGCAGGAACAUGUGCCUGGUGCUCUGGAUAAGUCCAAUCUCAAAAAAGAUCAGAUUUAUCCAGAGUACCAAGAACAUUUGUCCCUGAUGUCUACAGACCCAAAGAGUCAGGAAAAGACUCAAAAACAACAGGAGCAUCUUUACAUUCUUGAGAAAUUCAGUCUUCUUGCUGAAUAUCCAACGUCCUUCCACUUGCAACUGCAUCCCAGUGAAACUCAGAAAACCACAGGGCUCUUUGGACAGUUUGGAUUUCAAAUCGUCAGACUUUUUGCAAGCAGUCUUCUCUUCGUGUCUUCUAUUCCAAGUGUCAGGAAUGUGUUCCAUUAAAAGGCUCAGACUUAUCCAGAACUAUCUUCUCUUCAUGAUUUUAGAUUUCUCACAGUGUCUAGAAUAUCUUCUUCCAAUGAUUACAGACCCAAUGCAUCAGCAUCAGGAACACGACUCUUGAAAACCACAAGAACAUCUUCUGACCGACGUCUGAGGAUUCAACUGUUCCAGACUCUCCAGACUUGUACCGUAGCUUCUUGCCAGCUCCAACUGCUUCACAAAGAAACUCAGAAAAAACACAGAACACUUGGGAAAAACUUUUUGGAUUUGAACUCCUCAACUAGUGGAUUUUUCACUGUGGUCUUUGCUUCAUGUCUUCAGACAAUUCAGAGUGUUAAUGUGGUCAGAUUCUCUGGAGUAACAGGAGCAUGUUCUUUUGAUGACUUCAGGCCAGAGAGUCAGGAAAAGACUCAGAAAUCACAGGAGCAUUUUCUUAUGAUUUAAGCUCUUCAGGUUCUCCAGACAUCAGACUUCUUGUUGAUUUCCAAAUCCAAAUUCUCAAAAACCCACCAGACAGUUGGAACUCGGUCUCCUCAGACUUAAAUAUUUUGGAUUUGGACUCUAAGGACUUAUGAUCUUGAUUGACGUGUCAGGAAUGCAUUGACUUAACAGGGUCAGACUCUCAGGAGUACCAGGAACAUCUUUCCCUGCCUACUGAAGACUCUCCUGUGUUUAGAAUCCACUUUCUGUCUUGACGCAAUGACUAAAUGUUCAAAGGAUCAGGAGAGUCUUCUCAUAAUGAUGUUAUUGGAUGCUUUUGAUGUUUUUGCUGAUUCAGUUGACACAAAAAAAGACUAAAAUUAUCAAAAUCUCUGAGCCUGAGUUCAUUGGGCUUUUUGGAAUCUCAGCUAUAAACUUGAGACUCUUCAGACAUGUUCUUGUUGAUCUAAAGAGAGAAGCCUGAGCCCAAAAGUUCUGUAUUUCUUUUAUAAGUCAUGUACCAUCCUUUCCUGGAUUUUUUUUACGCCAAGAGUGAACAAGUUAGGAGCAACAAUGCCACAGGGAAACUAUGAAACCUUGAAAGGAACCAAGACUUCAAAUGUGGACACACAUCAUCCUCUGGACAACACUGGAGCCCAUCAGACUCUUCAGACUUGAUCUUUUGUUAUUUGGACAUUUUGCUAACGGGUCAACUCUGAAUAAACGUUAUGUUCUUUUUCAUUAAAAUUAUGAUCCUGUAGCUUGCUCAACAAUCUGUAACAAGAUACAAGAAUGUUACUCGUGAUGCUCGGAAAGAAACGUCUCAUUUCACACAGAAACGUCCAGACAAGGAGAACAAAGAACAGCAGGGAAGGGUUUGGAUCCAGAACCCAAGGCGCUGGUCCAUGUAGGGUGGUGUGUGUGAAAGAGAGAGAGAGAGGUUACAGAGGUGAGGAAGGCAUUUCUGGAUAUGCACAGCUGUUUCCAGAUGUUCAGGAGUUGCAGGGCGUUGACCUCAAGGUCCCUCAUCACAAGCCUCUCUUAAAGUGACUAACUCCGGUUCCUUUGUGUUUUGAAGUGGACCUGCAGGAUUUUUCGGGAGUUUUAUUCCCCCCCUUCGUUUUGCAGAUUGUUUGCAUCUGUUUAGCGGGGCAGCAAGCCAAACUGUGAACGUCAGGAUUAAGACAAAUAGCUGCGCUACAAUCCCAAAGAGAGGAAGAAACACAUUAAUUCACCGCUUCUUCAUCCUCUCUUUCUUUUUUUUCUGCUUUCUUUCUCUAGUACUUUUUUUCUCUCCUUCAGACUGGACGCCUCUGGCACUUUUUUCUUCCUCAGUAAAAUGUAUGGUACUUACAGUAUAAACACUAUCAUAUGAUGGUAUGUAAACUUCAGUCUGAGUGACUGAAGGACUUCCUUUGCUACAUUUAUUAUAAAGACUGUAUAACCAUGUGACUUGGGGCACAAAACUAGCGCCCUUCAGAGCCGUAGUGACACGUAGGGCAUGACGAUAACUUAUGAGAAUGAAUAUAACUCUGUAUAACUCAUGCUAUAUGAUCUCAGUAUUGGAUGUGUAACUGUUGUAUUGCACUUUGCUCUGUGGAUAUAAACAGUGUUUGGUUGAUGGACGUGGGGUUCUGCUGAACCUCCAAACGGUGUUUGUCUUCUGAACAAUAAAAAAAAAAGAA